AUGGCGGCUGUUGAAAGUUUAUUCCCACUAGCUCGCAUUACUAGAUUUCACUAAAACUAUGAACCACCUUCUGAGAUAGUCUAUAAUGGUUUAUCUAAUUAGUAUUUCUAAAAGCCACACUACACUACAGACAUCAAUGAUCCUGAGACCACUUUACUACGUGGUGUAUGUGGGAAAAGGCUAAAAGCCAACCUUUUGUGCAUAUGAACUCUCCACCAUACAAUGGGCGCCGAAUGGUCAAGCUUAGGGUACUUUAACCCCAGCAAACGUUUCAAACGUGACACCGACGACACAAAAUUGAAUGAAAAUGAUGCUGAGAACAUUGAUAACUCAGAUGAAAACAGUACCGAGCUUGGUUUGUUUACAGAAGCUGGCUGGAACCGCCUCCCUUACCUGGUCUUACUUGAAGUCUUCCAACACCUGGACCAGACAGACAGGUACCACGCUGCUCUCACGUGUAAAUCCUGGUUACUCACACUCUCAAGUCCAUCCUUGUGGAACACGGGACACUUCAAGUUUAACUCUAAGUACAGCCAAAGUCUGAUCAGUUUUGUUAACAGGAUGGGGAAAUUUUUACAACACAUUGAAGCCGAUUGUGCAGCGCAGGAGGCUGGAGAAACCAGCGCUGACUUACUUUUUUUGUAUCAGUUUACCGAAGCCCUGCUGACCGCUAACAACCAGCAACUGGUCACUCUCAGCUUGACCAACACGAAGUUGUUGCAACCAUCCGCCGUACACCAGUGGGAGGUGGUCGAAAAACUGGCCCUUCUGAUAGAAAACCAGCAAAAUCUUCAAGUACUGGAUCUCAGCCACGCUGACUUAUCUAUUAAAAAAGGUCUCCGGCUGCUUGAAGCUGCAGCCAGCCAUCGCUGCCACGACACGAUCCACACCCUCAACAUCAACGAUCUCAUCACCAUAACUACCCCAAACGAUAUCACCGAUAAUGCGAGAUUCCAUUACUUCAUGUCCAGAUUCGGAAACCUAUCUGACUUGCAGCUCUCCUACUUCUACGUGUCGGACGAGCUGCUCUACAUGCUCGCCAUCACAGCCCGCCACACUCUCCAGAAGAUGUCGCUUCAUGCCAAAUGUCUGGGACACGCCGACCGUCUAACCUCUAAAUCAGCAUGGCAGUGCCUAACGUCCGCUAGUCCACAGCUCAAACUGGCGGUUUUCAUCCAAUCAAACAUGGGCAUGCGGUACGUCAGUACACUGAGUCGAUUCCUGAACCCUUCGUUGCCACUCCAUCAACUCCACUGGGUCUGUGGCCAGAUGCACGAUGAAGAAGACAUACAAAUGAGUCUUUACCAUAUCGCCAUCUUCUUUGAGAACUCGUUACGUCAUCUCCGCCUUGAUUUCGCCAAUUUUCGAGAUGAAGGUAUGCUGAGAGUCCUUAUUAAAAGAUGUCACAAGUUGGAAACCUUGUCAGUAAACGUGUUAGGACUCAACCGUCAAGAGGAAAUCGGAUUUGAGGUGGCCAUCAUGCUAGGUAUUGCCAGUCACCCCAUCCGACACGAGUGUGUGGCCACCUUGAACAACAAGGACGUGAGUCUACGGGACACCUGGUUCACGUCGUUCUUGUGUUUUAUGAUGACUCGCAUGUGAACGUUGUGGAUACUUGUCGGAGCAGAUACAAACAGGGGGGAUAAUCAUAAGGGUGGAUAACUGGUGGUGAAAUAGGUGGGAUAAUCAUAAAGGUGGAUAACUGGUGGUGAAACAGUGGGGAUAAUCAUAAGGGUGGAUAACUGGUAGAGAUGG